AUGACCUGGUCUGAAGCUCAAGAGUACUGCAGAGAACAUUACACAGACCUGGCCACAGUGUCUAACAUGACAGACCUGAGGAGACUCAAAGGUUUGACGGAUAAGGAAGCCUGGAUUGGGCUUUACAGCCAACCAGAAGAGAACAGGACGUGGCACUGGUCUCAGCCAGGGGUGGAGAUCGGUGAUAUCAAGGAUCGUUUUCGAGUCUCAGGAGAACCUCAGUUAAACGAGCCAAAUGAUUAUCGUGGUCUUGAAAACUGUGGUGGAAUUGUAAUAAGUAAAUGGGCGGAUUACGAUUGUGAAAAUGAACAUGAAUUUAUUUGCUUCGAAGGUGAGAUUAUGUGUAAAACAGAAGAGCUAUAUUUUACCUUUGAAUUGAGUCAAUGUGUUUAAUAACAAUGGAGAAGUGUCAGUCUGUCUCUAAGUAUUAAUUUGCCUGUAGUGACUUAUAAAGAGGAUAGUGUGCUGACUAAAUAAUUUUGUUUUUCCUUUUAACAUGAACUGUAGAAGUGGGAUCAGACAAAAAAUACGAAUGGAUCAACAAGGAAAUGACUUGGAUAGAGGCUCAAAACUACUGCCGAACAAACUACACUGACCUGGUCAGUGGAGUUGAUCAGAUAGAUGACGAGAAAUUCAAGGAAGACUUUAAGGAGAAAGAAAAUUUGUGGAUCGGUCUGUUCAGAGACACCUGGAGGUGGUCAGACGGGAGUAACUCCUCCUUCAGAAAGUGGAAGGAGUUUAGGGAUGGAGUCAAAGAAAAGAAAUGUGCAACUGUGGACCAACAUGGAAACUGGGAAUCUGAUGAUUGCAACGCGAAAAAACCCUUCUUCUGCUAUGAUGGUGAGUUGUAAAAGUCUGUCUUUUCUCGCCUAUAUUUAUUUAUAGUUUGGUCAUUAACCAGCCAAGGAAGUGGACAUGGGAAAAGCCUCUGAAUUGUUUCUCUCGCUCACCUGCUGGGAAUAUCAAGUUUUUAAGAACCAGUUCUUCAACAGUCCUUCAACAGUUCUGUCCCCACACCAAAGGACAAAUAACAGAGUGGUUACUUUUAUUCACUCGCCCUCUUUUGUUUUGGUGAUUUUUCUUUUGCAGCUGAAUUCAAAACUUUGCUUUAAGACAACUGGGACAUGUUGAAAACAAUGAAAAUGUUUUUUUUUCUCUCUCCACGACAGAUAAAGUGAUUCUGAUUAAAGAAGAACUGCCCUGGGAGGACGCCUUAAAUUACUGCAGAUGGUUCCACAGUGACCUGGCCUCCAUUACUAACCCCCACCAGCAGAAAUGGGUCCAAGCCAGAGCCAAGAAUGCCUCAACCUCCUAUGUGUGGCUCGGUCUCUAUUACACCUGCAUUGUGGAUCUGUGGUUCUGGGUCAGCAAUGAUCUGGUCUGCUAUGACAACUGGAAAGAAAAUGAUGGAAAUAAUGAUCAGGAUGACCUGACUGGAGCCAUGGAGACAGAUGGGCAGCAUAAGUGGGUCAAAAAGAACGACACUGAAAGGUUUCACUUUGUUUGUGCUACAAAGGCAGUCAAAAACCCAACCUGA